AUGGCAAGCGAUUACAGACCCCGAAUAGCCCCUGAAAAUUGCCAAUUACAGAAUCCCCGAAACAAAAUCAACCGCCGGCGGAUGGCGGAGAGGACAGUAUACAAAGACGACUGUGUUCUGGCCGAUCUACCGCCGGUCAAGAUACAAACGGCGUACCGGCAGUACUUCAACGACGGCUUACCGGCGGUUUCGGUGACCGGCGUGAGGUUAAUUAAUCGCCGGGAAGCAUCGUUCGGUUCUCGUAUUACUUCUUCGAUUCCAACGAAACUAUGCGAGUCUUUGUUGCAGUUGAAGGCUCUUCUACCACCAUCAAAGUUUUCGAGAGAAUUCUUCGCAAUCUUCACAACAGUGUUUUUCUCCUGGCUCGUAGGUCCCUGUGAGGUCAGGGAGUCGGAUUUCCAAGGGAAGAGGGAGAAGAAUGUGGUCUACAUUCCUAAAUGCAGGUUUUUGGAUGCCACAAAUUGUGUAGGAAUGUGCACUAAUCUCUGCAAGUUGCCUUCUCAAAAGUUCAUCAACACCUCACUUGGGAUGCCCACCAACAUGGUUCCUAAUUUUGAAGACAAAAGCUGUGAGAUUAUCUUUGGGCAGCAUCCACUUGCAGAUGAUCCAGCACUAAAGCAUCCCUGCAACGGGACAUCAUGCAUAGCAAAGCAAAAACAUAGAGUGGGCUAUUCCAGCUGAUGCCUUCUUUCUGGGUGACGAUAUUUGCCACAAAUUUUAUAACUUCUCUUACAGAGUUCAAAAUAUAUUUUCAAACAUGUAAUCCAUACUAAUUUUGUUUAAGUGGACUUAUACAAGAAAAAACAGUACAGGGAAGCAGCUUAUAAAACAAGGAUUCCACUAAAUGUUAGAAAUUCUUUCUCCAAAA